AUGUCACUUUUAAAGCGCAAAGCAACUACUGAUCUUAACGUGAAGCCAAAUAAACUUAUACGACAAGAACUACGUAAUUGCCCAAAAUCAGAGAGCCUAAGUCAUUCUGACGUCAGGUUAUUCAGGAAAAGUAUGUAUGAAGCUAGACGAAAAAUAUUUCCAAAAAUACCAAAAUCUUUAUUCGAAGCAAAAGCUAUGAUUUUUCAAAAUAAAAAAGAUUUCGUUUCAAAUAAUGAACCAUUUUGUUUCAUGGAUUCGGAAAGUAGUGUACCUAUUUUUACAAAUGCUACUAACAUGUCUCUUUUAAAUAGUUCAAAGCAUGUUUUUGCCGAUGGAACUUUUUCGUAUGCACCAAAAUAUUUCCUUCAAAUGUAUACAAUACAUGUAUAUUUGAAUGGAUUUUAUGUGCCAAUUAUAUUUGUUUUUAUGGACUCUAAAACACAAAAAUCGUAUACUGAUGUUUGGUUGAAAAUAAAAGAGUUAUAUUUUAAAUUUCAAGGACAACAAUUGCAAUUGAAAAUGAUACAUUUAGACUUUGAAAAAGCUGCUCACAACGCAGUAUUAGAAGUUUUCGAAAAUUGUCAAGUGGUAGGUUGUCGUUUUCACUUAAGUCAAGCCUGGUUUCGUCAUAUUAAAAAUUGUAAAGAAUUAAAUAAACACUAUACUGGAAAAACAGUUGUGUACCAGUGGCUUCAAAGUUUUUUCGGUCUAAGUUAUUUACCUUCUAAUGAGGUUAAUGUUGGUUUUGUAUCUCUCAUGGCCAAUGCACCACCAAAUGUUGAACAUUUCACGGAUUAUAUAGUAGACACAUUUAUUGAUGAAAAUAGUUUAUUCCCACCUCAUUUUUGGGCAGGUGAGCCAUCUAUGGAUCCUAGGACAACAAACGGACCUGAAGCUUUUCAUAGAGAUUUUAACAGUCAAUUUUAUACUUGCCAUCCUAAUUGUUUUGCAAUAAUAAAUAUUUUGUUAGAAGUUCAAGAAGAAUCGUACCUAAAAAUAGGUAGCAUUAAACGAAAUUUGCAAAACAAAAAAAGAAAAGAAGACAUGGCUAACAUUACAUAUGUAUUAAAGAAAUUUGAGGAAUACAAAGUCGAUAAAGAUGUUGCAAAAUAUUUAUCCCUAAAUGGUCCGAUAUUUACCGGUAAAAACAUUAUAUAA